CUCGACCAUCGCCCUACUCCUAGCUCCAGCAAGCAUACGGCACAAGGACUAAUUGAUGCACGAGCUGAAAGAUUGACUUCGGACGUGGAUUGUUCUAGAGUGAUGACGCAACUUCAGAGAAGCAGGGUAUUUAAGGGACAUGCCGCUGCCAACCUGCUGGUAAUGCCCCCGUACUAGUUUCUUCUCGCCAGCUCCGUUUGCUCUCGGUAAACGGCAACCAUGGCAGACUCCCAAAGCAGCGCUCCGCUCCCUGACCCCAACCGCUACAUCACCGACACCAACGCCGAGGGCAAGGCCGUCUUCUCCUCGGCGGUCGAGGCGCCGGUGGGCGUGACCAAGGACCUCGGCGGCGCGCUGGCCCGGCUCAGCUACGUGACGCCGGGCCCGGCGCCAAUCAACCUCAACGGCGGCGCGGACGUGCGCUCCUACGCCACCUCGCUGUCGGAUGUGCCGCCGCUCGUCCCGCCCGGCGGCGGCACCAUCGUGUGGUACAUCGACACGCCGCCCAACACGUCGAGCCCGAUGCACCGCACCGUCAGCUUCGACCUCGUCAUCCAGAUCGAGGGCGAGGUGGAGCUGCACCUCGACGGCGGCGAGAGUCGCCUGCUGCGGCCCGGCGACAUGACGGUGCAGCGGUCGACCAUGCACAUGUGGCGGAAUCCUCACCCGACCCGGUGGUCGCGCAUGGUCGGCAUCAUGACGGAGUGCCAGCCCGUUGUGGUGAAUGGCGAGACCCUGGGGACGUCUUUUCCUGCUCGUCAAGGUUAAGGGGAAGAGGACUUUGGGGGAAAACAAAAAUUUGGCUCUGCUGCUGGGUACCGCGAUGGAUGUGUUGGAGACUUCAAAAUCUUGCCAAAUGUCCAGUGCAGCUGAAGAUUUGGGCGCAUUUAUUGUGCAUUUCCAGUUCAAUGUGGGGGCAGUUCAGUGCGCAAACCUCGCUCGAAUUAGUGAUUGAUCCAGCUAGACUCAUCGUUCUGCCCCACUUCUUUCAAAGGGCCUAUACACCACGUCCACGUAAAACAAGCUCCGUCCGGCU